AUGGCUUCGAGAAUCCUACUCUCAAGAACAUCCCUCAACAAUUUCAAUCCUACCCUCAGAACCCUCUGCUCCUUCGUUUCCCGGGAAUUCAAUUCCGGCAAUCGUCAGCCUGGGUUUUCCAGGAGCAUGGUCUCUGCUUCAUCAACCUACAAUCUCGACCAGAAUGCCACCUUGGGUCUCGAUACCCGUGUCCCGGCCACCAUUAUCACCGGCUUUCUCGGUUCCGGAAAGACUACAUUGCUCAAUCAUAUACUAACCUCUCAACAUGGGAAACGGAUUGCGGUCAUCGAAAAUGAGUUUGGUGAGGUGGAUAUUGAUGGCUCAUUGGUUGCUAGUCAUUUGUCGUCGAAUGAGGACAUUGUCAUGGUUAAUAAUGGUUGCCUGUGUUGUACUGUUCGGGGUGAUCUAGUCAAAAUGAUCUUGCAAUUGGUGAAGGACAAGCGAGACAAGUUUGAUCAUAUUGUGAUAGAAACCACAGGCCUCGCUAAGCCAUCUCCUGUUAUAGAAACGUUUUGUAUGGAUGAGCUAGUUUCACGACAUGUGAAACUGGAUGGAGUUGUUACUUUGGUGGAUUGCAAGCACGCAAUGCAACAUCUGAAUGAAGUUAAACCGCGAUUUGUGGUGAAUGAGGCAGUAGAACAAGUUGCAUACGCUGAUCGUAUUAUAUUGAACAAGAUAGACUUGGUGACCGAGACGGAGUUAGAGUCAGUGACCAAAAAAAUCAAGCAUAUUAAUGGGAUGGCGCAAAUCAAGCUAGCUAAAUUUGGAUCUGUGGACAUGGACUUUGUUCUGGAUAUCGGAGGAUAUGAUCUUGAAAGGAUUAAUAAUGAAGUUCAAGUUGAUAGUUCCUGUUCGUCCUCACAUCACCAUGAAGCUGGACAUGACCAUGACAACCAUCAUCAUGACCAUGUACAUGAUUCCACUGUCUCAAGUGUCAGUAUUGUUGCCGAGGGAACCCUUGAUCUUGAUGAGGUAGAUGACUGGUUGGAAAGACUGAUUGAAGAAAAGGGGGAGGACUUGUACAGGAUGAAGGGUGUUUUAUGUGUUAACGGUUCCGAUCAACGUUAUGUCUUCCAGGGAGUGCACUCUACGUUGGAUGGCUGCCCAGGAGGCACAUGGGGACCCGAGGAGAAGAAGAUUAACAAGCUUGUGUUCAUAGGAAGGAAUCUGGAUGAAACUAGUCUGAGAAAAGGUUUCAGAGGUUGUCUAGCAUGAUCAAAAGUUAACAUAUGUUCUGAUAGUUUAUGGAUGAGUCGAAGAUGCCCAACAGUCAGGUGUGAGAACUCAGAAUUUGGUCAAGAGAUUUACAAUGUUGUUCAGACUUGAGACUCAUGGA